GCAGGGUCUCCUUCAUCGCCAUCGGCCGCCGGUGCAAAGCCAGACGGCUUCCUCCAGCAGCGACGAAGGCGAGGGAGGGAGAUGAGAUGCGCCUGGCGGCUAGGUUUGGGAGAGCCGCCCAAGUCGCCCGAUGCGGGGGACGACACGGGGACGUGCUAAUACCGCACUUUCGGGGCUUGGACGCUUGGGCAAGCAGGCGUCGUGGUCCGGAUCCCGCGCCGCCUCAUGCUGGCCGAGGUCCUCCGGCAGGUCGGCGGCUCGCCGCCGGCGUACGCCACGCAGUGGCUGUCGGACGGGUACCUGGCCACCGUGCAGACCACGGUCCCCCUGCGGUGCCACCCUUGGUGCAGGACCGUGCUGCGGGUGGCCGGAGCCGUGGCCCGCGACGUGUGCGCCGCGGAGGAGGGUGCCGCCGACGCGCUGAUCCGCCUGAUGAGGAGCAGGCACGGCGUGCAGACCGACGACGCGAACUGGUCCCCGGCGGCGAGCAGGGCGCCGCGCCGUGCCGAUACGCGCUGGUUCGCCGGGAGGGCGGCCGUUGUGAACGUUGGGGCGUACGGUGGAUUCGCUUCGCCGUGGUGCCGUUCGUACGACGCAGUUCGUCUCGGUCGGGGUGUUGGCGUAUCCGUGUGGUGAUGUGUGGUCGUGUGUGAUGUGUGUGUGUUUAUGAAUAAAAAAUAGUAUGAAUAAUGUUAGU